GCCCACUUUUGCAAACGGGACUAGUUAAAGCUGCGGAGUGAGACAUCUUCUCACACGUACAGGAUCUUUGGUCUCUGUCAACGUUGCCUCGUCGUCUCGUUACGAAAGCGGCUCGAGGUCUGACAGCCUCCCCCUCCAUCCUCAGCUGAAGACGCCUCUGCCGGUGAGAAGACAGCGGAACGGGGACUCGGACCGUCUCCGGUGAAUCUAUAAACAUCCAGACCGUCGACGAGGAAAGAUCGGGUUUUUCCCCCCCGUGUUUGUGUCGGGUAAUAACGGGGGCAGCGGCUGCAGCGGGGAGAUGCUGUCAUGUAGAGAGACGUCAUUGAUUUAAAAGCCUAAAAAAAAAAAAAAACACACACACCGGAGGAUCGCUUCUACACCGGGAUCAUUGAGGACAAACCGACCGGAGUAAAACCCGGAUCGAUCUGACAGCACGUGUGUGUGCAGUUUACCACCGUGGAAGUGAAAAUGUAACCCAUGACAGAGAGUCACUCACAUCCGCUCUGCCUGGAAGUCUGCUUCACUGGAUGAACGCUGCGGAUCACGUUGUCAGCGUGAUCCGACGAGAUUUGUGUUUUGAGGGCUGCUGAUGCGGCUUCUUUAGAUCUGAUCCCCAUCAGAAAGUGACCUAGUUUUUGUUUCAUCUCCAUCAGAACUGAUUGAAUUGAUUGAUUGUAAAACACUGUCUUUCUCGGCAGAUGGAGUCUGAAACAUAUAAAACACAUUUAAAAACACAUAAGACUUUUUUUUAAAAAUCAUUUCAGGACCUGACACUGGAAGACAGAGGACGGAGGCUGAAGAGGGAUAAACCACAUCAAAGCAUCUCUGUACAACACUUGUAAUGUACAGGAACUCUUUAAUGUGUCCCAACUUUUUAAAUCAGUGUGGGGUUUUUUUUUAGUUUGGAUGAAUGCGACACACCUGGAAAAAAAACUAUUGGACCACACCUGUACAAAACUCCAGGCAAAAAAUCAGCACUUUAAAGAUCACACAGUUGUGAUUUCAUCUUACAGUCCAAAGAAACGUUCACACCUUUUUUCAAGCAGCAAAAGAAACGGGCUUGAGCGCUGCUAUAUUGCUGGUAGUUAAUUGACAGCUGCAUGCUGUUGUGAUGCUGGACGUGGUGAAGAUGAAGGAGGCGUGCAGGAUCUGCGCCCGCGAGCUCUGUGGCAACCAGCGCCGAUGGAUUUUCCACCCGGCUGCCAAAGUCAACCUGCAGGUGCUGCUGUCCCACGCUUUGGGCCGCGAGCUGACCCGGGACGGCCACGGGGAGUUUGCCUGCUCCAAGUGCGCCUUCAUGCUGGACCGCAUGUACCGCUUCGACACGGUCAUCGCCCGCGUGGAGGCGCUAUCUUUGGAGCGCCUCCACAAGCUGCUGCUGGAGAAAGACCGGCUGAGGCAGUGUAUCGGAGGCCUGUUCCGGAAGAACAAUGCAGAGGAUGGAGCUGUGGCUCCGCCUGGGUCUGUUGUGGGAGUUGCUGGGACUGAGGCAGGGUCUGAAGACACUCCUGUGGUGGAUCUGUCAGCCCUGCAGGUUGUAAGAUACUCAGAUAUGAUCCAGGACGAUCUGACUUACUCUGUGUAUGAAUCCUGGGCUGAUAAGGAGGAGCCCGCCCCGGACCACCACAGCCAUCACCACCACCUCCAGUGCCCAGGAGCAGACUCUCUCUCUGGCCAGAAGCCGAGGCGGUGCAGGGGUUGUGCAGCGCUCCGUGUUGCUGAUUCUGACUACGAGGCAGUGUGCAAGGUGCCUCGCAGUGUUGGGCGCAGGAGCACAUCCUGUGGCCCAUCUACGCGCUACUCGACAGCCACCACGGGGGUCGACGACCCCACCAGAGCCUCCGCAGCAUCUGAGGCUACAGCUGUCGCCUUUGAGUCCUCUUCAGCUGGGUUGGACACUGAUAAGACCAUGUGUGACAGGACAAGUCCCAGCCCGGCAUCAUCUGUAGAAUCUCUCGACACCGCUGUGGACAUGAGUUGCCCUCCUGUGAACCACAAAGAAACUGCACCAGAGAAAGAUGCAGAGGAGGCUGCGGCGAGAAGGGACACGCCGUGGGAUAAACCCACAAGUGAGAGCUCCCUCUCUGGCCUUGAGAUGAUGCUGAGCCUCCUGAGGGGCUGGGAGUACCGGCCAGUGAAGCCUCAAAGGGGCAGCAAGCUCCCAGUUCUGGUCAAAGCCAAACUGGAGCAAGGCCUGUCGCUGGCCCUGCCCGUCCCGCUGAGGUCGCCCUGUGGAGGGGCAGCGGACUGUGAGCUGUACCCCCACCAGCCUGUACCGGAGGUCGUGACCCCGUGUCCCCAGCAGGAGCUGCAGGCGGAGCUGGCAGAGAUGGAGGAACAGUGGCUGGAUGAUUAUGUUCAGUGCAGGCCGUUCCGCUUUCAGCAGAGGCUGAUUGAUGAGCAGCAGGGCCAGCUCAGUCAGUAUGAGAGUGCUGCAGGUCAGUGUGUCAGUGAGCUGCAGAAGGCCCAGGACCAGGUCCACUUGCUCCAAGUCAAGAUCAGAGAUGGCGAGACCAGGAACCAGAAGCUGCAGGAGCGUCUCAGUGAGAUGGGGUUGGAGCUGCGUUCGGCCCGAGAGGAAGCCCAGCGUCAGGAGCGAAACAUCCAGAACAUCACUGAUACUGUUAACUCCAAGGAGGCACAGGCUGCAGAGCUGUAUCGGGUGAUUGAGGAACAGAAUAAGAUGCUGUGUUCUCUCAAAGAGCUCGCCAACCGCAACCAGCUGCAGCAGCUGCAGGUGUCUGGUGCUGAGAGUAUCCGAGGUCAGGGUGAGGUUCUGGCUCUGCAGGCGUCUCUCUUCCAGGCUCAGCUGGAGCUGCAGGCUGGUCAGCGGGCGCAGCGGCAGGCAGCUAGGACGCAGGAGGACCUGAGCCGAGCCCUGCAGAGGCUGGAGAAAGACCUGCAGGGGGCGCUGCAGCACAGGAGGGAGACAGAGAGGCACAAUCAGGACCUGCAGCUGGCUCUGGAGAAGGCCCGAUCAGUCCUGCAAGAGAGAGAGGAGCAGCUGAGAGAGGGCGAGCAAGAGAGACAGAGGGAGGACGAGAAGAGAGAGAAGACCAUCAGAGAGCUGAAGACGUCCCUGCUGACCAAAGAGCAGCUGAUAGAGGACUGUGAGCUGUGGGAGGAUCCAAAGGACAAGAGAGACUCUCUGCUUCAGAAACUGCGCCAGCGUAUCAAGGAGAGAGACCGAGCUCUGGAGCGAGCAGUGGACGAGAAGUUCCGCUGCGUGGACGAGAAAGAGGAGGAGACUCGUCGGCUUCAGCUGCUGCUCAGAGAGAAGGAGCGAGACCUGGAGAGGCAGUGCUGCGUCCUGGCCAACAACGAGGAGACCAUCACUAGCCUGGAGGUGCUGGUGCGUGGUAAGACUUUGGAGGUGGAGCAGGUGUGUGACGCCUGGAGGAACGUCCAGCGGCAGCAGCAGGAGAGCGAAGAGAGACAGAGUCGCAUCCUAAGAGAGAGAGACACCAUCAUCAGCCAACUGCAGGUGGCGCUGCACGCUCGUACGCAGGAGGCCCAGGACCUGCGCGGCUCCCUGCUGGUUCAGAUCCAGUCAGCUCCCAGCGACGUUCUGGAGGAGCUGAACAUCCGACUCCAGCUCAAAGACCGCCUCUUCCAGGAAGUGCUGGCCGACCGGAUGCGCCAGGCCCAGGAGCACCAGGAGCAGGUCCACGAGCUGCUCAGAACCAUCAGCUCCAGGGACCAGUACAUUCAGGACUCUGCGAGCCGGCUCGGUGAGGUGAUGACCGAGCAGACAAUGAGGCUCCAGGAGCUCCGCAGACAGCUGAGCUCAUGCAUCGGAUCGAGGUCUGACUCCGGAUCAGACUCGGCUGUGGAGCUCCAGGCCGUGCAGGAGGAGCUGCGCCUGGCUCUGAGGAGGCAGAAGGAGAGCCAGGAGCUGAGCAGGAGUCUGGCUACCAGGGUGGACUCCCUCACCAGGACACUGCAUGUGAAGGAGGAGAUCAUCAGGGACUUCCAGAGGCAGAUGGUGGAGCCCUCAGGUCUCCCGCUGGUGGAGCAGUUGACCCAGGAGGUCCAGGAGCUGAGGGAGAGCCUGGCGCAGCAGGACGGCCCCCCAGCCAGAGGCCCCAUCCUGGGCCGUGAUCGGCCCAACAGCAGGCAGCCUGAGUUUGGAGAACUGAGCUCAGAGGAUGAAGACGAGGCUGAUGAUGAUUUGAACAGCGAGUACACUGAGAGUGUUGAUGAAGAGGAGUCCAAACUGAAUGUCCAGUCUGUGGCCAACACCAAGGCUUCUGGAGGUACAGGAAAGGCUCCAUCCCAGGAUCUGUUAUUUGAAGGUCAGGGACUGAUGGAGGUCAAACAGCUGGUGGAGCAGAAGAGGGCGGUGGAGAGAGAGCUGGGAGAGCUGAAAGCUCAGCUGGAGAAGGCCGGCUUCUCCUCACUUUCACAGAUGAGGAAAGCUCUGUUCAGCCUGCAAGCAGAUAACCAAGAAUUAAAGCGUCAGCUGACUGACAGGCCCGGCAGUAAACAGAGUGAUGACCAGAAGGUGUUGGACGGCAAAGAGGAGGAGGAGGAGGAGGAGCUGGAUGUGACCAUUGAAGGGGUGGAGGAGGAUGAAGAGGAGGAGGAGGAAAGCUCUGAGCUAUGGGACGCCUGGGAUGGCGAGCUGUCUCUGUCACAGACCAACAUCCAGACCAGUGAAGAGCAGAGGAAGAACAGAGCCAGCAGACCCGAGUCACUGCACCUGCUCACCAUCUCCUCACAGGACGGCCUGCACAGCGAGCUGUCAGCCGGUCAGCAGCAGGGCGCUGCGUCCUCUGUGAUGAGUGAGAAGACAGUUCACCUGCAGCAGAAGAGCAAAGAGCUGCGGGAGAGGCUGAUGGUGUCUGAAGCCACGGUGCAGGCUCAGGCCGAGCAGCUCAAAGACUACAGGGAGCUGCUCACAGAAACAGCAGUACAGCAGGACAGUAAGCAGAUCCAGGUAGACCUGCAGGACUUGGGCUACGAGACCUGCGGCCGCAGUGAGAACGAGGCCGAGAGGGAAGACACCAGCAGCCCAGAGUUUGAUGACCUGGAGAUGUGUACAUCUCUGGACUGUGGUUCCCAGUGGUGGCCUGCCAGCAGCAGCUCCACCUUCACUAAAACCACCACCCAGAGCUCCGGUUAUGGAGACGAGUCAUCUCUCCAGCGCCUCGUCGAGGACCUUCGCUCCCAGCUGUCUCGCUCUCAGGGAGUGAUCCGCGGGCUCCAGAGCCGGCUUCGCUCCCUCUCCACCUCCAGCGACUACAGACCCUCCACACCCCGCAAGGUCAACUGGUCCUUCCAGGCCUCGCCUUCCCAGAGCGGAGCGGAGGACGACGAGGGCUGGCAAUCAUCCGACGGAGGUCCUCUGGCUUCACCCCGUCACCCUCACUCAGACAGGGGCCUGCAGGAGCUGGUGUCCCGCGUGGACGCGCUGGAGGACCAGCUGAGGAAAGGAGGCAAAAAGUCUGUCAGCGAGGACGGAAAGUCUGCCACCUGGCCGGGUAAAUUCGACACUCUGAUCCAGGCUCAGGCCAGAGAGCUGUCUCACCUGCGCCAGCGGCUGAGGGAGGGUCGGGGCGUGUGCAGCAUCCUCACCCAGCACCUGGGAGACACCACCAAGGCCUUCGAGGAGCUGCUGAGGGCCAACGACAUCGACUACUACAUGGGCCAGAGCUUCAGGGACCAGCUGGCUCAGAGCAGCGCUCUGGCACAGCGAGUCAGCGCAAAGAUCAGCGGACGAGAUCAUCCUGAAGAUCCAGAUGAGAAGACAGAGCUGCUCGCCAUCCGGCUCAGUAAGGAGCUGCAGCAAAAGGACAAGGUCAUCGAGUCUCUCCGCGCCAAACUAAACCAGCACCACCACCAUCAUCACCCUCAUCGCUCUGACACGCCCUGCAGCAGCCAUGCCCUCUCCGACACCACCAGCCAAUCAGAUUGCAUGUCCUAUGUGUCUGAUGAGCAUGGAUCCACGAAUGAGGACCUGGAGCUUUGCUCUGAUGUGGAUGCUGCCAGCGAGCUCGGUCAGAAGGAAACACGGACUUCUACCAGACUCAGCACAGAUUGCCACUCUCACAGUGGCACCAUGUCACGUCACCCGUCUGUCCCUCCAUCCAUCACCUCAUCCCACAGAUCCCAGUCCUGCCUCAGCUGUCCCAGCAUGCAAUGCCCCAGCUCGCCACACAAACCCGUAGACAUGCAGAGUCGGACAGCUCCAGCCUCAGUCUUCACCUCUACCCCCUUCCACCCUCCGCCCUCCUCCUCCUCCACCCAGAGGGUACCUUUGCCCUUCCAUCCCCACCCCACGCCCCUGCAAACCCGUUACCAAGGCAACGGGGGAGUGGGUUUCUCCCUGGCUGAGGUGCAUCAGGAGCUGCAGAUGUUACAAAGGCAGCUGGGAGACAAUGAGAGGUUUUCCACUCCCCAGUCCAAACCUCUUCAGGGUUUCCCAUUCACCCACCAGCAGCCCAACUCCACUGCCUUCCUGCCUCUCUCCUACCAUGGAUACCAGCCUUCCCCGUUCAGUAGCGCUACCAGCAGCAGUCUGGAUGCCAGCUCAGCGAUGAAAGCUGGGGCCAGUCUGCUGGAGAGCAGUGUGUUGCGGGAUAUGGCCUAUGGCACCCGACCAGUGAGACUUGGAGCCGACCUGUCUUCAGGAUCCUCGGGGUACCAGUCGGGCACCAGCAACACAGGUUCAGACCUGAUGAAGGAGCACCUGAGAGAGAUCAGGAGUCUGAGACAGAGACUGGAGGACUCCAUCCAGACCAACGAUCGCCUCCGACAGCAACUGGAGGAGAGACUGGCCCGCACCGCCACUGAGAAAGGUGCUCCUACCAACAUCUACAUCCAGGGUCUGGACUCUGUCGGCCAGCUCUCCAGUGAGAUCAGACUUCUGAAGGAGGAGAACGUCAGUCUGCAGAACCAGCUGAAGCAGGCCACCAGAGAGGGCAGUAAGGAGGCAGAGCAGCAGAGGGAGGCGGCGCGGGCCAGGUUGAAGGAGGCGGAGCUAGAGGCUGAGAGGUGGGCGGAGCAAAGCAGGAAGCUGCAAACUGAGGCUGAAGCUCGCAACCAAGAGAUUACACAACUGAAACAGGACAGACAGAGGAACCAGGAAACCAUCAACAGACUCCAGCAUGAGGUGAGUGUCCUCCAGCAGCAACUAUGUGAGAGCCACAGUCUGGUCCAAUCUCUUCAGUGUGAGCUGCAGGUGUACCACAGAGUGUGUGGAGUCACCACAAACACACACUCAGCAGGUCAGACCAGUGAAGGUGGCCAGCUCGGACACAGCACUGCGACCUUUGACCCCAGAGAGCUGCACGUUCAGCUGGAGCAGCAGCUGAGCGGACAGGCUGACACACAGCCUCGAUCCAGGAGGCAGCUCUUCAGUGACAAUGUUCCCUCCCCGCCUGUAAGAGACACUGGACUCGUCAGUCCUUCCUCUCCUCUACAUCCUGCAAAGAAACACGCAGAAGAGACCGGAGCAGCCGAUCCAGCAGCCUCGACCCUACAGGGUCAAGCCCCAGACGGCUCAUUCGCCAACCGUCAUGGCCGCCAUGCGGUGGGCCACAUUGAUGACUUCAAGGCUCUGCAGCAGCAGAUCCUGGAUGGCAGCACUCUCCUCCGCAGGAUGGAUGCCACCCUUUAUUCCCUGAGCACCGCGCAGGAGUUCAGCCUUCAUCAGCCUUCAGACUCCGGUUCUGUCAGGAAGCUGCUGUCUGACAGUAAAACCCUGCGACAGAUCCUGGAGGAGGCCGGCUCGCUGCUCCGGAUGUUCUGGAGAGCAGCUCUGCCAAACUUCGAGGAAUCCAAAGAGGAUCAGUCUCUGAGGGACGAGGUCGCUUCUCUCCGUCUGAGGCUCUCAGAGCAAGAACAGGCUCUAAAGGACGCCAUGGAGAGAGUGAAGAGCUCCAACCGCACCAAAGAUAGCAUGGAGCACUUUAUAGUCAGCCAGCUGUCGAGGACACAGGACGUCUUGAGGAAAGCCAAGACAAACUUACAGGAGAACGAGCUCAGGAUUUCCUCCCUUCGCCGUGCCUCUUCCUCCAUUCCUCCUUCCUCCUCCUCUUUUUCCUCCUCCUCCUCUUCCUCACACCCCUGGCCUGGUAAAGGUGAAAGCGCAGGAGGUUUCUGUGAGCUCGCCUUCUCUCCUGGUUGGGGUGUCAUGAGGCGCCGGACUUCCCCCAUCUCCUCCUCCGCUGCUGUCCUGGGACCGGCUCACCGCCAGCGCCCCCUGCAGUCAGCCUUCCUGUAGUGCACCAGCCCCAAGAUCCUCCUCCUCAUCUCCUGUUCAAUCAGAAAAGGCUCGAAGUUCUGGCUCUCUUAUUGGAUGGAGAAUCAUUUCAGUUGAGUGGCGUCUUUCUGAGUGUUGAAGAAUGUUAGUGCUGUUAGAUUUCCGCUGGUUGAUGAUAGUUUAUGAAUGUAUGUAACUGUUUUAAUAUUGGUAUAAUGUGUGUAGGUGUUAUGAGGGCUUUUGUUGAGGCCAUCAACUGAAAUGUUUUCUCUCAUUUAUAUGAGGCCAGUCUGAGUUUGGCUGAAGUUGGCUUCUGAUUCAUAGCUUCUGAUUCAGCCCCCCGCCCCCAUUUUCACUAAUCAAACAACAGAUAAGAAACCAGAUUUAAAACAGUCAGUCAGUCAGUCGUGGUUUGAUAAGUCCAACCACAGCAGUUUUUAAUCUGGACCUGGUCAUAUGUGGUCUAAGCAGAUGAAAAACAGUGAAAUCGCCCUGUUCUUGUUUUUCCUAAAUCCGAAUGUGAUAUCCAGUCUCAGUUUGACAAUUAUAGCAACCACAUCAGAGGAAAUACUCUCCAUUAACUCAUAAAUCAUAAGCUCCCAUUCAGAAGCCAUGUUCAGCCUCAUACUUCAGCAGGGAUUCAAGAAACAAAAAUCCACUUGAUGCCAGCAGGAAAGGGGCUUUGAAAAGGCCAAAAACAAACUGCAAAGUGCUUCCUCUCCGCCUCUGUUGAGGCUCAUGUUUGUAGUCAGUGUGUAGAGUAGUUGCAUGUGGUUCGAGCAGCUUGUGGAAACAAAGCCAUACUCUCUGAUGGUACAGUAGAUACGUUUUUGUUUUGACCUAAUUGUACAAAAAUUGGUAUAAAAAUGGCCAACUACUAAAAACAUAUGGAAAAUACUAUAGAACUACCAAUAGACAGUUUGGUCAAGUAGCUGGUAGAUGAUGUUCUUGUGCAUUUACUCACAAAUAAAACACCAAUUUUAGAAGAAUUUUUAGAAUUUUUGCUCAUUGUCCUCAAACUCAGAGUAUUACUGUUAAAUAUGAAGUCAGUUCUCUUCAGAUGUUUAAAAAAAAUAAAAAAUGGGUCCAACCCAGUGUUUGCUGCAGUAACCUGCAGUGUUGGAAAGCUGCUGAAGCUGCUGUGUUGUGUAAAUAAAAACCAGCACACGUUACAGACUGCGCUCAUCAAGCCGCUCAGCGGUUUGUGCGAUGCCUUCAGUGACCGAUCUGACAAUCUGUUUCACAUGAAAGGAAAUUAGUUUAAUAGCGAGAGAGAUGACAUUUCAUUUUUGUGAUCAGAAAAAUGGACCACACUUUUAAAUAUAUCCUUUAGGUGUUUUUCUUUUUUUUUUUUUGCUAAAUUUGUGAAUCUUUUUUUUGUUUGUUUGAAUUUCCCUGAAGAUGACAAUCACUUUUUAAAAAAAUCAAUCAGUGGUUCUCAAACUGGGGGGCCGGGCCCCCCUGGGGGCGGGGGCAUAGAGCCACUGCAGGGGGGGGGGUGGAUGACCAGGGGAAAAAUAAGGAGUGGAACUAAGUUGAAUGAACAUGAUUUAAGUAUGGAAAUAAAAAAAAACAAGAGUUUGCUGAUGCUAUCAUGCUGACCUGAAUCAUUUAUUUUACUUCCAUCAGUUUACGUGUGGUGGUGGUGGGAGGCACGAACUUUGUUUUCGGCUUCUGAAGGGGGGGGGCGUGACGAAGUUUGAGAACGGGAUGAACAUCUCUAGGAAAUUUUCUUCAAAGCUUCUGCAGGAUUUGUGACGCUCACUGUGCAAAUCAACUUUUCUGAAAUUGGGUAUUUUACACUGGCUUCUCCACGUUUCAUUUCUUUUUUUUUUUAGUUUUUCUUGAUUUCUCUGUAUAGUACGCUAGCUGUUUCUUUUUGUGCAUGAACUGUGGCUUCACUGCCCUCUAAUACUUUUACUGAAAAUAUGCAAUUUUUGGGUUACUGUGCAAUAAUAGCCUUCGUGGUUGCUUUUUGUUGGUGUUUUAGGCCUGGGUAUAGUGCCAUGUCAUCUGUUUUAGCUCUGACGCUGAACUGAUUUAAACAAACUGACUUUUGGAUGAAUGUGUCCAGUUUUUUGACAAUCAAAUCAAUGCGGCGGUUUUAAUGGCCCACUCAUUUUUGGCUUAAUAUGAAUCAGAGUUUUAUAUUUAACGUGGAAAAGGCAAAGUAACAGCAUAAAAGAGCACUGUAAUGAUAUAUUUAUAAAGCAAUAAGCUCAACCAAAGUGAACAACUUGUAUGUUGUCAAAUCAGGUGUAAAAUGAUCAAUUUUGAAUAUUUGUAUGCGUAAUUCCCCACAGGUCAAAGGUCAAACUUAGUGUCUUUCUUAGUGUCCGUGUGGUUUUAGGAACCACAUCUCAUGUGUGUACAUAUUAAAGGGAGUGUUGAAUGCAAGUUUUUUUUUGUUGCUGUUCGACAAAGACCAGCUGUAUUUGUAUGCAUGUUCACUUUAUUAAAAAUGUUUUGGGGUCAAAGAAAAUAACCUUUUUAAUAAAAGGGGGACAAAACAA